GUCCACGGUUUGGCAUCAGUUUUUGUGCAACUUCCAGAAGCGAACCAAACCUCAAAACCCCACAUCUCAAAAUGUUCAAAUACGUUAUCGUUCUGCUGGCUCUGAUUGCCGCCGUGCUUGCCGCGCCGAAGCCUCAGUAUCUGCUCGCACCGGCCUCGUACAGCUAUAGCGAGAGCUACCGUCAGCCAGCGGCGGCUACGGUGUACUCCAGCGGAGCCUACAUUCCGACCGCUUACACCACUUCAUAUGCCGCUCCGGCCGUAUACAGCGCACCCUAUCCGGCCGCUUAUGUGUACUAGAACCUGGAACCGAAGCUUACCGUCUGAUCGAUAACGAACCACAGCGAGAAAGGGAAGAGAUCUCCGAACCGGAUGCACUAGCGGACCCAAGUGCGCACCAUACACGCUAAGUCACAUUCAACAACACCUCACAAAAAAUGUAAUAAAAAGCUUCUUUUUGGUCGAAAAAAA